GUCGUGUUGUUAAGGGUCCUUGAGAAUUGCGGAAAUCCGAAAUCGAAAAUUCGAAACGUUUUCGACUGAAACUCGGAACGUCAUGCGGAAUUAAAAUUUUUGUUUACCUUUUAAAUACUGAGCGCGAUGUCUGCAUCGAACUCUACACCGAUGUUAAGGGUUAUGCCACAAUCAAUUGAACUAAUCAAUGGCAUCAACUCUGCAUUCUUAUCCAAUAUACUACUUCUAAUUAUCAAGAGGUUAAGUGAAGAACAAAAAGGAUCCCAAAUCUUCAGCCAAGAAGAAAAACUUAAAUUGAAGGAAUUAUUGUCAUUGCAUGAGGAUUCAACUCUCGAAAUUGUGCUGUCCACACUUGAACACAUUAUUCGACAUGCUGCAUUUCAUGUUAUGAGACCAAGCAACUUGUCAAAAUAUGUAAGUGAAUUAGGAUUUUACGAACAAGUUGGAAGUUUAAUUUCAGAGCUAUGGGCUGUACAUGCCAAAUCUGUCAUUGACAUGUUAAAAAAAGAAACAUGUGCACAUCUGAAGGUAGAACACAUUGAAUCUUCAAUACACUGUUCCCUGUCAUCACUUAAGGGAGGGCACACCGAGCUGCCACUGGCACUUGUUCACUUCAAUUUGAAUGGAGCUUACAUUACCAACGAAACGGCGGACGACCGACUACGUUCCACAAAUGACAGUUACAAAUCUACAUUAUCGUUGGAGUUUAAUCGCGAAGAAUUAGCAGAGUUUUAUCAAAUGUUAGAAACUGUUCAAAGUCAUUUAGAUGACCUACUAUAAGAGUUCAUGUCACAAGCAGUGUUACAAAAAAACAUUGAAUAUUUUCCAUAAAUGAUUAAGAAAGAUUUUUGUUUUAUAGACUGCUAUUUGGUAAAUAAACACAAUUCUUUUUGCCUGUUUUGUAAGCUUAUCUAGAAUGUUGUAUUUUGUCAUGCCAAAGAUGUUAAGCUUUACAUCCAAAUGUAUUCUCCUCAGUACUAUUAAUAAAAGGAAACAUUAGGGGUAAAAA